CUCAGCCUGGGCUGCAGGUGCUGCUGGCACUGCCUGCAGCUCUGGCUCAGGGACUGAUCCCUGCAGUGCACACAGCAGAACCAACACGGCCUUUGCCCCCAGAGCACCGCAGCCACAGUGCCGGAUGGGCAGCGUGGAUUUGGGUGUCCCUCCCAAGCAACCCCACCGGUGUGCUUAGGGGAGAUGUGGAUAAAUCAGUGUAGUAGGGGAUUUUUGCAUAGAGAUAUUUCCUGGAAGAGUGAUGGCUUUGCUGGAAAGUGGAGUGAUGAAAUUUGUGCAGCUGUUUGCUGGCACUCAGGGAGAGGCGGGCUGAGAGCACAUCUGGGGCUGGGCAGCGUGCUGCAAUGAGGUGGUAAUGAGGAGUGGUCAGGGGUGCACUGGUGCAGAGCUGUUCUGUGCCACACAGAGCUCUGUGCAUGCAGGGUACGAGCUCAUCUGCCUGGCGGUGCUUUCCUGCUCGCAGUGGGCACUAUUGCGGCUGUUUGUCCCUCUGCAGGGGUGCCUCUUCCAGGUGGAGUUCAACCAUUCUGUCCUUCCUGUGCCCGCCUGGUGCUGUCCUGGAGCAGUGCUAGGAUGGGUGCUGGGACCGUGGGACCUCCUCCCUCCCCAGUGCCCAGCACUGCAGUUUGGCUUUGCACCCAGAGAGCCCCGGCUGUGUGCACAUGGAGCUGACGUGCUGCUCCCAGCCCAGCUGGUGUGCUGGGAAACGGCACUCCUGGCCCAUGAGAGCCACAGGGAAGUGUGAGGGGGAAGUGAAACAUCAGCGUCCCUCCGGCUGCCACUUCUCCCUGGUGUGGUGUUGUGCAGCUGCACCAGCAGCUCUGUGGCUGCUGCGGCCAUGCUCUCUUCUGAGCAGCAAGGCUCGCUCACAGACAAGAGCUUCAAUGUCUGACAAAGUGCAAAGGGUCCUCUGUGCAACACAGGCCUGUAUUUAGUGCAGAGAGCCCAGAGAGCAGCUCUCAUCCCCUUGCUCAGAGUACUGCAGAGGAAGAUCUGUCACUGACCUUCUGAAAGCCUCUGGUUAUUGGUGAUGUUUGGUUGUUUGCUUUUCUCAGACACGUGAGUGCUGGGAGCUGUGUGUGGGCAGCUGCUCCCCGUCACAGUGCUGUGCCAUGGAGGAGCAGAGCUGUCCCCACUGCUGCUCCAGCUCUGCACCGCACACCGCGACCCGUCCUGCCCCGCUGGCUGCAGGGAGCAGAGCCGCUGCCCCAGGUGAUGAAUGGGGUUUGAUAUGUGGGUUUGGAGAAAUCAGCCCUUGGAUAAAGUGUGAUCCAAAUGGACUGAAACAGACGUUCAAGUGAGGAAUAGUAAUUGCUGCGUCGUGCCGCAAAAUGAAGGAAGGGAGCAAAAUCCCAACCGGAUCCGAGCAGCUUUUCCUGCUUCCCAUCUCCUCCCGCCUGCACAAACAGGAGGGACCCGGCCUUCCUCCCCAGGGAGCUCCUGUUGUGUGCAGCUUCCUUCCUGCAGCACGAACGGCACAGCUCUGGGAGCUGAGUUCCUUCCGGGAAGCUGCUGCCCGCUGCAGGCGCCCCGAAGCCCCAGUGCUGCACUUCCCAUCACAGCAUCCACGCUGCUCCGUGCCCAGCCCUGCCCCCACUGCAGCUCUGCUGCAGGGAUGAUGAGAGCCUGAUAUGGGGGGUCUCUGUUCUGAGAAGGAGGGCGAUACACAGCCCACGGUUGCUGCUCUCCAGCCUCAUGGGUGCUCCUAGGACUGCGACAGCAUCUGGCUUAGGGUUUAUCCCUGUUUUACCUCCCCCAUAGGGUUCCUCUUUGUUGCAGCUGUGGAAAUAAUUCCGUUGAGCAGGACGUCCCCCCCACAGGAGGAAGCUGCAGCCUCCUGCUCACCCAGGGCUGCCAUCCCAUUUCUGCCCUGCCUGCCCCGGGGAUGGGCCCUGCUGGGGGCUGUGAUCCCACACAGCAGAACGCCCCAGAAGUCCCCACGCAGUGGCUGCGUGGCUGUGUUCGCCACCAGCAUGCUGCUCCCGCUGCCAGACCGCCUGCUGCUUUAAGCAGCUCUCCCACUUCUCUCUCCCUCUUUCUCUUUUGCUUUGUCUGUGAUCCUCCCUCCGCUGUCUCCCAUCACUGCUUCUCGCAGCCGGGAUCGUCAGAGUGUGGGAUGGCAGCAGGGCUCUGGGUGCUCCCUGCUCCUUCCUUGCUGCAGGGCUGCUCCCGGUGCUUUGCCCCUCGGCAGCGCAGAACCACCGCCUGGGGAGCAGCAGGUGCUGCUGUGUGGGGAAGCACACAGUGAGGAGUAGACCCACGAGGCUGUUCCUUUGCCAGGGACACUCAACAGCAGUGGGAACUGAACAGAGGUGCUUUGGGGCACAGCUGUGCAGUGCUGGCAGUGAUCACUGCUGUCUGUGGCACUGCUCAGCCCCUGCUCUGGGGUUGGGCACUAUUUCCAUUGGAGCGAUUUGCUCAGAGGAUCUUGUGCUGCCAACAAGCCCGUGCAGGCUGUUCUAUCAGCCCGUCCCACUGCACUGCGCUCCUCCCCGCGCAAAUGAGCAUCGCUCUGUGUCAGUUGUGAGCAAUGGUUUGACUUUCUUCCUGGAAGCAGAUGGAAUUAUUAAACAGCAUGAGGAGUCCCGCAGAAGCCUCCAGAGGGCAGCUGGGAUGCUCUGCACGCUGAGUUUCAGCGCUUCCUGCUCUGCAGGCAGCAUUAGCCAUGACCGCAUAGGGUGCAGGGAUGGAUCGUUUCACCGAGUGUGGGACGCAGACGGACGCCGUGGUGGUGCUGUCCCUGGCACAGGCUGCGGUGCUGGGCUUGGUGUCCGACAAUGAGCUGCUGGGAGCCACCGUCAGUCCCGCCGGCUUCUUCCCAGGGCUGGGGGAUGAGGGAGAGCCUGACAUCACGGCGGAGCCCGAGAGCGAGGGAACGGCGCCAGACGGGCAGGAUGACGAGUCCCUGGAGGCAGAGUGCUCCCCGGAGAAGCACGCGCGCAGGAGGAAGCGGCCCCCGGUGAGGCUGCUGCCCAAGGUCAAGCGCGAGGAGGCGGAGGCGGAGGCGUUCGAGGUGGCCGUGCCCGGGGACGACAAGGCCGACCUGCAGCGCGGUGCCCCGCCUGCCCCCCCCGCGGACCCCAUGCCGGAGCCCAGCGGCGCCGUGAAGAUGAUCGACCUCAGCGCCUUCAGCAGGAAGCCCCGGCGCCUGCGGCACCUGCGCCGGCACACGCGCCAGCAGCCCCACAGCCGCGAACCCGACCCGGCGCAAGGCGGCGCAGACACCACGCGGACGCCGUGCGCCUUCGAGGCGGGCGCCGCGUCCCCUGGGGAGCCCGAGGCACCCGCGUCCCCCGAGCGGGUGAAGAGCGAGCAGGGCUUCGCGUGGCAGGAGCCGGGCGAGCUGGAGGCGGAUGCUGUGGGUGGCAACAGCGAGCACAGCAAGAAGGCUCAGCUGGACCGGCUGGACAUCAACGUGCAGAUCGACGACUCGUACCUGGUGGAGGCGGGGGACCGCCAGAAGCGCUGGCAGUGCCGCAUGUGCGAGAAGUCCUACACCUCCAAGUACAACCUGGUGACCCACAUCCUGGGCCACAACGGCAUCAAGCCGCACUCCUGCCCGCACUGCAACAAGCUGUUCAAGCAGCCCAGCCACCUGCAGACCCACCUGCUGACCCACCAAGGCACGCGGCCGCACAAGUGCGAGGUGUGCAGCAAGGCGUUCACGCAGACUAGCCACCUGAAGCGGCACAUGCUGCUGCACACCGACAUCAAGCCCUACAGCUGCCGCUUCUGUGGCCGUGGCUUCGCCUACCCCAGCGAGCUGAAGGCGCACGAGGUGAAGCACGAGAGCGGCCGCUGCCACGUCUGCGUGGAGUGCGGGCUGGACUUCUCCACGCUCACCCAGCUGAAGCGGCACCUGGCCACGCACCAGGGCCCCACGCUGUACCAGUGCCUGGAGUGCAGCAAGUCCUUCCACUACCGCAGCCAGCUGCAGAACCACAUGCUGAAGCACCAGAACGUCCGGCCCUUCGUCUGCACCGAGUGCGGCAUGGAGUUCAGCCAGAUCCACCACCUCAAGCAGCACUCGCUCACACACAAGGGCGUGAAGGAGUUCAAGUGCGAGGUGUGCGGGCGCGAGUUCACGCUGCAGGCCAACAUGAAGCGGCACAUGCUCAUCCACACCAGCGUGCGGCCCUACCAGUGCCACAUCUGCUUCAAGACGUUUGUGCAGAAGCAGACGCUGAAGACCCACAUGAUUGUGCACUCACCGGUGAAGCCAUUCAAGUGCAAGGUCUGUGGGAAGUCCUUCAACCGUAUGUACAACCUGCUGGGCCACAUGCACCUGCACGCGGGCAGCAAGCCCUUCAAGUGCCCCUAUUGCUCCAGCAAGUUCAACCUGAAAGGCAACCUGAGCCGGCACAUGAAGGUCAAGCAUGGCGUGAUGGACAUCAGCCUGGACAGCCAAGAUCCCAUGAUGGACCUGUCUGGGGCUGAGCACACCGAGCUGGACGGGCAGCAGGAGAUGGAAGACUACGAGGAGGAGAACUCGUACGGCUAUGAGGGUGUGGGGAACCCCCCAGACGACGGCGCGCUGGCAGAGCAGGCCAUGAAGGAAAUGGCUUAUUACAACAUGUUGUAGCAAGGAGGGCGGGUGGCCCGGGGUGGGUGGGGGGAUGGCGAAAUGGACCCAGCAUGUAAGAGAACUGCUGCUGGGAUGCAGUGCUGCUGCAGGGGGGUGAGCGGGGGGCAGGCAGGGACAUCCCUAAAGCACGGCUGGGCACAGGGCAGGGAGCCUGGGAGAGCUCCUGCCUUCAUGGGGUCAUUCCUGCCGGGGGCCCGUUCUCCCUAAACCUCUGGAGAAAGAGUGCCCUCCUGCCCGGUGCCCUGCCACCCCCUUGUCCCUCACACCUCAGUGGUGUCCGGACCCUCACCCUCAGCCCCGCGUGAUGUACUUGAAGCUGGCAGGCUGCAUUCCAGCAGACAACGAGCAUCACUCCUGAUCCUACCUCCUGGGUCCCCGCUCAGCUGCGCCGUGCCAUGCAUCAGCCUGGCAUCCCCUGCAUGGAGACCAGCGCUGCACCGCCCCGCGCUCCCCAGCUCCUCACAGCCCAGAGCAGCUCCUGUUGCUCUGGCACCGGCGGUGAGCUGGUACGGGCAGAGCUGGGGCAGGCCACGAGAGGCCACAGGGCACACACACAAAGAGUAUUUUCUUACAAACUAAUUGCAAAGCUCAGCGGAAGCAGCAGCUCUGAGUACAGAGUGGCUUUGGUGAGCAAUGUAUUUAAAGGAAGGCAAACCCUGUUCAACUUGAGCAAAUGAUGGUAUUUUGAAAGUAAUUUAUUUUUUUCAGAUGUGCCACGUGGUUGGAUUUAUCUUUUCUGAGUUCAGUUUCCUUCAACCAAUGUUCUUUGUAAA